GGAAAUGUGAGAAGCGUGAGUCUCGACUACACGUUACUGAAUUCUGGCUUCUCAUCAUUUCAGACUCGUCGGCAUUCUCAGGAAGUCCUCAACUUUGGCAGUUAUAAGCGCCUAUCUGUGGGUGUGACCUGAUUUUAAGCCUCGUCGCGGCGUUUUCUACCAUCCAAGCGUCGCUUUUGUGAGGAAUUCAGUGCCGAUAAGGAUCUUGGUCUCCUAAAAUUAGCUUCUUGUCCACGUAUCAUCACAUUUUCAAUCUUGGCAGGUGGAAAUUUCAUUUGGCUGUUCAUGAUUCGGACUCUUUCUUAACGUAGAGCCAAGAGGGUAUCUCGAAACCGUUUCAAUUUGUGAAGUUCUGCAUCAAUCAACGUCUUCUUGAAGCUGCCAACACUAUGACAUCGAGAACGGUUGCGAGGAGUGGGCUAUUCUACCCAUUUGUGGGGUUUGCAUCCUGUGCGGCAUUCCUUUACCUGUCGUUUGGUGACUUCAGGCUCAAUUUCUAUGUGGGGAAGAAGAUGGACUUCGUGGCAAGAAAUGGGACACAGUUCGUGGUGGAUGGCAAGGUUUUCUACGUAAAUGGGUGGAAUUCUUACUGGUUGAUGGACCAGGCGGUGGACGAAUACAGCAGGCCUAGGGUUAGGACGAUGCUGCGAGCCGGAGCACGGAUGGGUCUCACGGUUUGCAGGACUUGGGCUUUCAAUGAUAACACUUACCAUGCUCUCCAGAUUGCCCCUGGUCAGUUUGAUGAGAGAGUGUUUCAGGCUCUGGAUCAUGUAAUCGCAGAGGCUAAUCAACAUGGAAUCAGGUUGCUUCUCAGUUUAGUUAAUAACUUAGAAGCAUUUGGCGGAAAGACUCAAUAUGUCAAGUGGGCAUGGGAAGAAGGCAUUGGAUCGAGCUCAUCCAACGAUUCCUUCUUCUAUGAUCCUUCCAUUCGCCAGUACUACAAAAAUUUUGUCAAGACUGUGUUAACCAGGAAAAAUACCAUUUCCGGCAUCGAAUAUAGAGAUGAUCCAACCAUAUUUGGAUGGGAGUUGAUGAACGAACCCCGUUGUAUGACAGAUCCUGCGGGGGACACCCUUCAGGACUGGUUAGCUGAAAUGUCAGUAUAUGUAAGAUCAAUUGACAAGAAGCAUCUACUAACUGUGGGCCUUGAAGGAUUUUAUGGUCCUAAAAGCCCCAAAAGUUUAACUGUGAACCCGGCAGACUGGGCAGCCCUUUAUGGGUCAGAUUUUGUUCGCAAUUCCAAUCUCCCAAAUAUUGAUUUCGCUUCGGCUCAUAUCUACCCUGACCACUGGUUUCAUGAGCUACAAUUUGAGGAGUCAAUAAAGUUCGUCUCAAAGUGGGUUCGUUCCCACAUAGAGGAUGGUGACAGGGAACUGAAAAGGCCGGUGAUGUUCACCGAAUUUGGAUACUCGAAACAGAACCCGAACUUCCAUUCAUCUCAGCGGAAUCAGUUUUUCAAGACCAUCUUCGACGAAAUCUAUGAGUCUGCCAGGAAGAAUGGGGCAGGGGCAGGUUCUUUUGUGUGGCAGUUCUUGGUUGGAGGGAUGGAAGAAUACAACGAUGAUUUCGGGAUUGUUCCAUGGCAAAGAUCAUCUACAUAUGAACUGAUAACGGAACAUUCAUGCAGAUUGGCUGCUCUUCGCGGAUGGAAUCAACUGAAGGGAAGCUUGAGAGAACUGUGCUUGUAGGAUAAAUGAAGGGAUACUAUAAUAGCAUAGCAAAAUUCAUCUAGUGGGAAUGACAUGGCUUUGGGUCAUUAUAGAAUGUGAAGCCGAUGCAUCGCUCCAUGCUCUCCUCGUUUGCUAUGGGGGUUCACAGUAAGUAAACCAUACGAAUAUAUACAGCACAAUGAGCUACAGGAUGUGGUAGAGAAACUGUAGGUAUGUUGAUAUCAUCAACAAAAUCUGGUAUAAAGAGACUCCUUUCCUGUAUAUCCGAAGAUAUCAUCAAUCUGACCGAGUGUAAAAGAGGCAAAUUUCCCAUAUUCAUUCUUCGUUCCGUUCAGUUGGCAUACUUGUCAUUCUGGGGCUCGGGACAAGUUUGAAUUCGUUUAGUUUGUAAGAAGGUAAAAAUAAUAGCAGGCUUGAACUUGAAAGCCUUUCUUAUUGUUCUGAAA